ACAUUUCGGUCAAGCCUAUGAAGUCCUCGCAUUCGCUCCCUUAGAAUUAGACGUAUCCAGGAAGACGGGUGGGAAAUUAAUAUUAGAUCUUUAUAUUAGUAAAAAAAAAUGGCGGCGGACAGCGUAAACCCGUUCAAUCUAAGCGAUUCGGAGGAAGAAUCUGAGCGGAGGCCGGACGGUGCCGAGAACGAAUGUGGAGCGAGCGGUCGAACGCCAGGCUCGAGAUGCGCCCCCAGUUCCCCGCAAGCGGAUUCGGAGCAGGCGGUACUGCCGCUGUCCAGCAGCAAGACGAGUCCGGGUGUCGAGGGUCUUCCUGUUUUGGCUGUUACCACGGGAUGUAACGCAGAGGCACGGUUGUCCGCGGAUGCGAUAGCUGCCCAGUUGCUCCGGGAUCAGUAUGUACUCACGGCCCUUGAAUUCCACACCGAGCUUCUCGAGAGCGGCAGGGAGCUCCCUCGAUUGCGCGAUUACUUCUCGAACCCGGGAAACUUCGAGAGGCAGAGCGGAACUCCACCCGGCGCGUGCAAGGAGCAAGGGCUUGGUGUAGGGCAGCUCAACCGGGCCGGCAGCAUCAGCACUUUGGAUUCGCUGGAUUUCGCCCGUUACUCUGACGAUGGGAACAGGGAGUCCGACGAACGCUUGGCAGUCCUGGAGUUUGAGCUUCGGAAAGCCAAGGAGACCAUUCAGGCUCUGCGCACCAACCUGACUCGAGCAGCAGAGAGCGAGCUGCCCUCGCAGGACAGGAAGAACUUCAGAUCUCAUCCUGAAGUUCAGGAGCCUAUCCGUCCACUUGAAAAAAGAGCACUGAAUUUUCUACUCAAUGAAUAUUUGUUGAAGAAUAAUUACAAGCUGUCAGCCAUCACGUUCUCAGAUGAAAACGAUGAUCAGGACUUCGAGCUGUGGGACGACGUGGGGCUCAACACCCCGAAGCCCCCCGACCUCCUGCACCUGUACCGGAACUGCGGGAGCUGCUCCCCGUCGCCACGGGACACCAGAGACAUCGCUGUGGGGGUGGAGCCAGAAGACCUGCUGGGGAACGCAUUUACCCAGGAGCCCCGGCAGAAAAUGCAGGCGGAGGUGGCCCAGGAGCUGGAGUACCAGAUCAGCCUUCUGAGUGCUGAGAAGCAGAGUCUGACUGAGCAGAUCAAGAGGCUUCAGAGCGACAUCCAGACGCUGAAGCAAAAUAUCUCCGCCCCUCCCACGGCCGUGGUUGAUCCCGCCCCCAUCACCGCACCCCCGGACAGCGGAGGGGGCGGGGGCACCGGAGGGACGGGGCAGAGCGGCGUCGCAGACCGCCCGAACACUGACGCCACGCCGACCAAACAGCCCCACGCAAAUUUUAAAAGCCAGACGGUGCAGGGAAAAGAACCUGUGCAGUUCGUUAAGCCCAACAGAAACCUCUCUCCUGCGUUCCUCCAGGCCCUUCUGUCCUUCUGUCGAAUGUCUGCCGACAGCAGGCUCGGAGCAGAGGUGUCACGAAUAGCUGACAGCGAGGAGAGCGUCAUGCUGAUGCUGGGGCGCUGCCUGCCUCACAUCGUCCCCAACGUGCUGCUAGCGAAGCGCGAGAGAAUGGUCACGCACCUGUGUCAGGAGCUGAUCCCGCUCAUCUUGUGCACCGCCUGUCUCCACCCGGAGCCCAGGGAACGGGACCAGCUGCUUCACAUCCUUUUCAACCUCAUCAAGAGACCGGACGACGACCAGAGGAGGAUGAUCCUGACUGGCUGCGUGGCCUUCGCCCGGCACGUCGGCCACACCCGCGUGGAAGCCGAGCUCCUCCCCCAGUGCUGGGAGCAGAUCAACCAUAAGUACCCCGAGCGCAGGCUGCUGGUGGCCGAGUCCUGUGGGGCCCUGGCCCCCUAUCUGCCGACGGAGAUCCGCAGCUCGCUGGUGCUCUCCAUGCUGCAGCAGAUGCUGGCGGAGGACAAGGCCGACAUGGUGCGAGAGGCGGUGGUCAGGAGCCUGGGGGUCAUCAUGGGCUACAUCGACGACCCCGACAAGUACAGCCAGGGGUUCGAGCUGAUGCUGCUCUGUCAGGGCGACCCGUCCGAGCGGGUGGUCAACGCCACGCACCAGGUGUUCAUCCCUGCGUUCGCGGCCUGGACCUCAGAGCUGGGCUACCUGCAGACGCAGCUACUGCCUGCCCUACUGGAGCGCAUCGAGGGCCUGCUGAAGGAAGGAGAAUCAGGGCUGGAUGAGCACAAGCUGCACACAUACCUGUCAGCCCUGCAGUCCCUGACCCCGCCCUUGUUUGCCAGCGUCCUGCAGAACGCCCCCUUCACCAAUCAGACCAGGCUUCAGGGCGAGGCUCCGCCCAUCGAGGUGACGCGGUUCCCUCGGCCGGCGUCCCCCCUGCAGGACCUGGCGACGGUCGUCGGGAGCCGGGAGCAGCUGGCGGCGCUGCUGCAGCAGUACGAGCACCAGCUGAACCACGAGGGGACCACGGGCUGGGCCUCGCUGCUGUGGGUGGUGAACCAGCUGCUGCCGCAGCUCAUCGACGUCGUGGGCCGCAUAAACGUCUCUUCGACGACGUGCGUCCACGAGUUCUCCCGGUUCUUCUGGAGGCUGUGCCGAACGUUCGGGAAGACCUUCACAAACGCCAAGGUAAAGCCGCAAUUCCAGGAAAUACUCCGGCUUUCCGAGGAUAAUGUGGACGCUACAGCUGGGACUGACAUCCUGACUAAAGCUACAGUUCCUGUGUAUGCCACAGGGGUCCUGACCUGCUAUAAUCAGGAAGAGGACCGCAAGCUUUUAAUGGGCUUCCUGGAGGACGUCAUGACAACCCUGUCUCUGUCCCACGCUCCCUUGGACAGCCUGAAAGCCUCUUUUGUGGAGCUGGGGGCCAAUCCAGCCUAUCACGAGCUUCUCCUCACCGUCCUGUGGUAUGGAGUCGUCCACACCUCGGCCCUCGUACGCUGCACCGCCGCGCGAAUGUUUGAGCUGCUGGUGAAGGGGGUGAAUGAAACUCUGGUGGCUCAGAGAGUCGUUCCUGCUCUUAUCACACUCUCCAGUGAUCCAGAAAUCUCUGUUAGGACAUCAACAAUACCUGCUUUCGGUACAAUAAUGGAGACCGUGACACAGAGAGAGUUGCAGGAGAGGGUGAAAAUGCAGCUGGCCUCAUUUCUGGAGGACCCCCAGUAUCAGGACCAGCAUGCUUUGCACAUGGAGGUCAUCAGAACGUUCGGACGGGUCGGGCCCAACGCCGACCCCAGGUUCAGGGACGAGUUUGUCCUCCCCCAUCUGCACAAGCUGGCCCUGGGCAACAACUCCCAGACGGCGGAGAGCAAAAGGAUGGACAUCGCCAUGCAGCUGUUCGACGCCUACAGCGCCCUCUCCUGCUGCUUCAUCUCCGAAGAGUGGCUGGUGAUUCACUUCCUUCCUGGGUUGAGAUGCUUAAGAAUAGACAUGGAGCAGUUCUCCUCUGAUCAUGAGGUCAUCCUGAGCUCCAUGAUUAAAGAAUGCGAGCGGAGGAUGGAGAACAGGGGUGUCCAGGAGCAGCAGGGGUCCAUUUCGAUAGCCGCAAGUCUUGUGAGUGAAGAUGCAAAGACCAAGUUCCUCAGCAAGAUGGGUCAGCUGACCACCUCUGGAGCCAUGUUGGCCAAUGUGUUUCAGAGGAAGAAGUGAUCCACUUUUCCCACAGUCCUCUACUAGGCUCCAGAGCGUUUCUACUUGAAGUCAGUUGUCUGCCUUUUUAAAUGUUUUGUUUGUGUAUGAUUUAUUUCUUAUUUAUUAUUCACGUGACUUUGUUCUGGCCAACAAAGAAAUUUGCACUUUGUUUAAUCAUUUCAAACAGAAUUGGACUUUGUAUCCCCGUAUUUGCCUUUCUUGUAAAUAUGCACUUCAUACAUAAGAGAUCUGUACAAUUAUUUUCCAGCCCUGUCUUUGUGUUGCACAGUGUCUCAUGAUGCGUAUGUUUUUCUUUCUUAAAGUGGUGGGUAAUGUGUUGAAGGGUUUUUCAGAUGAAUAAUAAAUCCAAAUGACUGUACAAUACAUUGGUUUAUUAGGCAGUAUGAUAUAAUGUAAAUUUCAAAAUCCAUGUAAUGAAGUAAUAAAAGUGAAACAACUUGUGUAUUUAAAGAAAA